UUGGGAUCACAAAAAUAUUCUUGCAGUAGAUUUAAACAUUUCAGUCUGCAAAGUAUAGUCACAGAAUGAAUACAUAAAAAUAAUACAACCCAGCAAUGAUAAAUCCUUCGCAAAAUUGGUUAAUAUUAAUUUUCGUAACAGUAGGAUUAUGUUUUUUUUGGAAAACUCCAAUAAUUAAUUUAAAUAGCCCAAGUGUUGUAACAAAAGCAUCAAUAAAAGUUGACUUAUCAUUACCAAAACAAUCAAUAGUGCAUCAACGUUAUUUAAAUGUAUCAAAUAAAUUAAAAAACAUUUAUAAUAAAAAUAAAAAACAUGCUGGAAUAUCACGUUACAUGUUACAACUUUAUCAUCGUCAUUCAAAUGCUGAUAUUGUACGUGCACUUAAACCAAUAUACAUAACAUCACCAGUACAAUUAAAUGGUGGUGGAAGAAUAUUAAAAUUUAACAUUCCACCAGUAAAUAAUGAUGAGUAUCUUGAAGCUGCUGAAUUAAUGGGUACAGCUGGUAUGAUUAUGAGAGUUAAAACAAUUGAUAAUAAUAGACCAAUAAUAUCAGAAGUAACAACAUCAAGAAGAGACGAUUUAUGGAGAGCAUUUGAUGUGACAAUACCAGUUAAAAUGAGAAGUGGUGAUUCAUUAAAAUUUCUAGUACGAGGUAGAGUUAAUGUACAAUCAAAUAGUGAUGGUCCAAUUUUGCUGCUGAGUUAUAUGAAACCUAAAAAAAGAAGAAAAACAAGAUCAAUUAAUGAAGAUGAUAAUGAUGAUUCAUCAUUUACAGCAUUAAUAAAUGAUGGUAGAAAAAAAAAAAAAAAUCCAUGUAGAAAACGUCCAUUGUAUGUUGAUUUUGCAUCAAUAAAUUAUGAUGAAUGGAUUGUUGCACCACCUGGUUAUGAUGCUUAUCAAUGUGUUGGUAAAUGUUUUUUUCCAUUUAGUGAACAUUUAAAUCCAACAAAACAUGCUGUUGUACAAGCACUUGUUCAUGGAGCAUCACAAGGUAUUGAUAAUGGUAAACAAAUUGCAAAAGUAUGUUGUGUACCAACUAAACUUGCACCAACAAGUUUACUUUAUUUAGAUUCAACUGGUACACUUACUUAUCAAUAUGGUUAUGAAGAUAUGGUAGUUGUUGAGUGUGGAUGUCGAUGA